AUGUCUUCAUCUCUUCUCAAGGGCCAACAGCAACAAAACUUUGUAGACCCUUCUUCCAUUGUAGUCUCGGAGAAUGAAAGCGAUCUUGAUAAGACCAUCAAGGAGGAGGUGAUUUUGUGGUUUAAUUCUUUCAAAUCUCUCAAGACAAAUGCUACAAGAAGCGCUGUUGAGAGAAGCCAUCUCACUUCGCUGCUGAAGGUACCACGAUCAGAACUCAUGAAAGUAAUGGUGAAUCUAAAUUUGAUCGAGUUGAAUACUCAGGACAAAAUGAUCAUGUUUGAUCUUAAUGAUUCGAUAUUUACCAUAAUUUAUCCUGAAUCGUACAAGCCAUUGGAGGGAGAGGGAUUGAUGGUGACUUCUGACGAUCCUGUGCUGGAGAAGGUGGUUGCAAAAGCAAAUAGAUUCAUUCAAAGGGACCACGCAAGCAUGGGAUCACCAAGUAUCGCAAUCAGUGUAUUACUUUCAAAAAUUGUAGAAAUAUUUGUAACCAAAUCAUUUGAAACACUAACUCCUGGAGUUUUAAACGCCACAGACGAUAUAUUUGGCAAGAAAUUACAAGAAUUGAACCAAUCCUCCAGUGUUGAGGAUGACAUUGAAGAUGAUGACGAUGAUGACAUUAUUCAAACUCCAACCCCACAAAAAGUUCACAUUGGAGAACAAAAGAGCAUUUUUGACAUGCAUCUCGAAAAAGAUUUGAGUGAACUCAUUGAAAAACUUCAAAAUGUUAGCCAAGACGAAGAUUUUGAAAUGUUUAGAAAUGCUUGGGGUGCUUUGGCAUCACAAUACAUUGAGUACUCCCUUACCGCCAGAAAACGUAUUUUAUCUGAAUUGAAAUUAAUCAAUCCUGUCAAUGGUAGAAAUGGGUGGAGAGUUGAUUUGGUUGAUGGCAACAUUUAUGUUUGGACUGUCUCACUUUUCAACUUUCCUACUACUUCAUCGAUUGCUUCUGGAUUGGCGAGAUUUAAAGAAAAAUAUCAAUUUGGAUCUGACGAGGUUGUUUUAGAAAUUAGAUUUGGAAAUUAUCCUGAUGAACCUCCUCAUUUGCGAGUGGUGUCUCCUCGCAUUCAAUAUUUAACAGGAUUAGUGCGAUUCGACGGCACUAUUUGUCCAGAGUUUAUGACCAAGUCAAACUGGAACGAAAACAAGUUCUUGACCAUUGAAUCUAUUAUUUCAAAGGUGAAAAACAUUCUCAUUGACAAUGAUGCAAAAGUAGAUCUUAGAACAUUUAAGCAUUAUGAUGUUAAAAAUGCAUUGAACAGCUACGUUAGACAGAUGAGAGUUCUUUCAAUUCCAUCCAGCAACAAGUUCAAAGAGAAAUAUUUUAUCUUUUCUUCUGCUUUCAGUAAACGGUGCUUUGACGUCUCUGUCAACUUGAAAGCCCUGGAAAAAGGAAAUAAGGUACUUUUGCCAAGCGAAGCAGCUGCCAAAAUUUUUGAGGACCCAAAUGUUGAGCUUCCAUUAAUUUUUGAAAUAGAGACCAGACACAGUCAAAAGAUUUAUUGUGGCGUUAAUGAAUUUUCGGCUCCCACUGGACAAAUUAUCGUUCCAGAGUGGAUGUUCAACUCAUUAUUCAUCACCGAAGGCUCUAAAGUGUCUGUGAGAUGUGUCUCACUUCCUCCAGCUUCUAGUCUCAAAAUUCAGCCACACAGCAAGGACUUCUACAAUAUCAUUAAUUAUAAGGAAGUUUUGGAAUCAACUCUUUCGAAAUAUAGUUGUGUCACUGAAGGGCAGUCUUUGCAAGUCUAUGACGACGAUAACAAUGUGCAUAUGAUAGAAAUCAUUGAAACUCAACCGCAACCAGCUGUUAGCGUUUUAUCUAAUGGAGGUUUUUUGGAGGUUGAAAUUGAUUUUGUUCCUGCAAUUGACUUGGAUGAUCCUCAAGAGCUCGCUCAGAUGCAAGAAAAGGAGCGUGAGAAUAGAAUUCAAAAGCAUGAAAAGUUCAAGCAAGAUGUAAUCAAGCAAACACUCAAGGACAGACAAACAAAGAAGGAAGCUGUACAGAAACUUUUAUCAAGCAGCACCACAGAUAAAACUGUGCUGGUAAAAUUCAAAUUCCCUGAUUCAAGCUCAUGCAGUCAAAAGUUUCCUGUCAGCGCUUCAUGUCUUGCAUUAUAUCAAUAUGUAGAAUGCCUUGAUGAGACAGGUGUCUGGAAACCUUUACCGUAUUCGACCAGUAAGGAGCUAUCUUUGUCUACGACAUUUCCAAAGAUUGAUAUUCCAAACAAUGAGAAGAUUACUUUACAGAGUGCUGGUAUUAUUGGUCAGGCAACUAUUGUCGUGUCUGAGAAUGAUCGAUUUCCAACUAAUUCCGAGUAA